AUGGCGGGUCAUGUAAAUAUGAUGGACGAUUGUCUAAUAUCGAACUUACCACCGGCUACCCUCCGAUCUGCUAUUCGCCUUCUCGUCUCGCAGGGUGCCACCACACAGCAGCCAUUUGUCGAACACAUACGGGCAAGAUUCUAUGAGAAUCCACCCCGAUUCGAGGACCCAGAAAGACUAUUUCCUGGAGACAAUAUUGUCUCUGAGGCCUGUUUGACCUACCUAGCUCAAACCAGAUGUAUCUUCUCGUGCAAGCUUCCUCAGGAGUCAUUCCCUUACUUAAGACAUUUCGUGGAGGCUGUUCCACGAGCAAGAGUUAGAUGGACUAAAGACGGCGAGCUCGCAAUGCUGCUGGCAAAGUUCGACGGGGACGUCGUCCAAGCAGUACAGGCACUUAAGGAGUCGUGUCCGGAGCCCACCCCUAAACUCUUGGGCUUAAUCAAUGGUCUUCUAGCCGGCCUUGGAAGCUGCAGGCAAUACUGCGAGGGCCUUCAUCCCCCUCUGCCAUUCCCCUUUACACGUGCCAUGCGGCAGCUCUACGACGUCCUGGCAAUUCUAUUUCCCCAGUACAUGCGGGCGGUCAGCACCGUCAAGCAACCGGAACUCGCCGUAUCUAACAAGACAGUUGAGAAGCACGCGAUAGAAACCUUUCAACUGGGACCUUUCUACAUGCCUCGUCUGUUCAACGGCCUGUGGCAGCUGUCGUCACCCUCCUGGGGCUCCGGGACCGCUCAAAGCCAAGAGGCGGCGCUUUUGCAUGCCGUCGAGUCCGGCCUGACUGCUACCGAUAUGGCAGAUCAUUACGGCGAUGCGGAGCUAAUAUACGGUGAUUUCAGGAGCAAGCUCGCGCCUGAAAUACGAAAUACGGUGUAUGCCACAACCAAGUGGUGCAUCUUUUCGCCAAUUCCGAAGCCCGUAACUACGUUAUUCGUCCUCAACGCCGUGCGUGAACGAUGUCGACGUUUAGGGGGGCGGGUUGAGCUAUUGCAGUUCCAUUGGUACGAUUACGAUGAUAAAGCCUAUCUCGACAUCCUACUCGAGUUAGUCUAUAUCACGAAAUCUCACCCAGAAUUGGUAUCAGCAAUUGGCCUAUGCAACUUCGACUCCGAGCAUGUGGAGGAGUCGUGCAAGCAUCUCAUCGCCAAGACUGGCUCGGUCGGAAUCGUAUCAAACCAAGUGCAGUACUUCGACAUGAUCCUUAGCUGGGGCACAUGGGACGACUUCCAGGCCUUACUCGAGCGCCUCUCCAAGGUAGCUCUUAAGCAUGGCGCAAGCCUUACGAACAUUGCGACGCGCUGGGUUUUGCAGCAGCCGGCAAUGGGCGCAGUCAUUGUGGGCACUAGGCUUGGUGUCUCGGAUCAUGUCGACGAAAACUUGAAAGUAUUUGAGCUUGAACUAGAUGACAACGACAUGUCUAGUAUUAACAAGAUUGCGUUGGGCUUGUCAAGAGAGAAAAUGGCAACCCUCUUCGACAGACUCGGCGACUGCGGCAAUGAGUACCGGAAGAUGCAUUAA